CAAUUUUCCUGCAGGACGUUGGACCAGAAUUCUUUUGCAACAAGUAUGUUUAGGUUGGCAGCUCAGCGGGGAAUAGCGAACAAAUUUGCUGGCUCUUCAAGAGCUCUGAGGGCUUCUUCACUGUAUGCUCGUUGCCGGUGCUCAACAUGGAAACCAACGUCUGGCUUUUUUCUGCCUUCCGCUGCAAGCUGGGGCAACCGACGUGGUUAUGCUGAAGCCGCUGGCAAAUUCUCUCGCGAAAAGCCCCACAUGAACAUCGGCACCAUUGGUCACGUUGACCAUGGCAAAACAACGCUGACUGCAGCUAUCACCAAAGUUCUCUCUGACAAGGGUGCUGCAAAGUUCACGGACUACUCGCAGAUUGACAAGGCGCCUGAGGAGAAGGCUCGUGGAAUCACUAUCAACUCUGCGCAUGUCGAGUAUGAGUCUGAUGGGCGCCACUACGGACACAUUGACUGUCCUGGUCACGCUGACUAUAUCAAGAACAUGAUUACUGGUGCUGCACAAAUGGACGGAGCCAUUAUUGUCGUAUCGGCAACGGAUGGUCAGAUGCCUCAGACCCGUGAACAUUUACUUCUUGCUCGCCAAGUUGGCAUUAAGAAACUGGUCGUCUUUAUCAACAAGGUUGACAUGAUUCAAGACCCAGAAAUGCUCGAGCUUGUUGACAUGGAGAUGCGCGAUCUACUGUCAACUUACAACUUUGACGGCGAAAACACUCCCAUUAUCAUGGGUUCAGCAUUGGCCGCUUUGGAAGGUCGGGAUGACAGCGUAGGGAAGGAAAAGAUCCUUAGUCUUGUCCAGGCUUGUGAUGAGUGGCUUGACGUCCCCCCUCGUGACCUGGAGAAGCCUUUCUUGAUGCCUAUCGAAGAUGUGUUCUCGAUUUCUGGCCGUGGCACUGUUGCUACUGGACGAGUUGAGCGUGGUAUUGCAACUAAGGGUGCUGAGGUGGAGGUCGUUGGUCUUGGCAACACUUUCAAAACCACGUUGACUGGUAUCGAGAUGUUCCACAAGGAACUUGACCGAGGUGAAGCUGGCGACAACAUGGGUUGCCUCCUACGUGGUGUCAAACGGGAACAAGUCCGCCGUGGCCAGGUUAUCAUUGCCCCAGGCUCGAUGAAGGCUGUUAAGAAGUUCCAAGCUCAAAUUUACGUCCUCACUAAGGAUGAAGGUGGUCGCUACACCCCAUUCAUGAGCAACUAUCGUCCUCAGCUUUUCCUCCGGACUGCUGAUAUCACCGUUGCUCUAACUUUCGCCGAGGGUACUCCUGACGCCGAGGAGAAAAUGGUAAUGCCCGGAGAUAAUGUCGAGAUGGUUUGUGAGCUGGUCCACGAUGUUGCCGCCGAGGCUGGUUCCCGCUUUACUCUUCGUGAAGGUGGCAAGACAAUCGGCACUGGUAUCGUCACGAAGAUCCUGGAUGUUGUUGCAUCCCCCCUCAGCAUCAUGUUCAAAAGUAGACUCAGAGUUCAUUAUGCACUACAUCUGUCGUUUAUCUAUGUGGCCGCCUUGAAGCCACUAUUGGCGAUUUUCCCUACGGCUGUUCUAAAAUGCAAUGCCAAGAUUGUUUGUCUCACACCUCACACCCUCACUUGCAUCAACUACCUUACGCUCGCUUGCCUCAGCAACUUAAUUAUGUUCUCUACAAUCAGACAAGCUGCUCGUGCGCGAACGAUGUCCUUGACGACUGCGAGGACAAGUCCCUCGAAUAUCAUGCGCAUUCCCGGUUGUCGGACUAUCGUUACAAAAAAGUACACCGAGGAGCACGAAGUCGUUGCUUUUGACGAUGAGACUGGGUUGGGUGCUGUGUCUAUAACGCAUCAUGCGCAGGAGAGUCUUGGAGAUGUUGUGUUCGUGGAGCUUCCUGCCGUAGGCACGAAAGUUUCAAAAGGCGACCAGAUUGGUGCAGUUGAGAGCGUCAAGGCAGCCUCGGAUAUAUAUGCACCAGUAUCUGGCAUUGUCACUGAGGUGAACGAGGCCUUGAAUUCUGAACCUGGGCUCUUAAACCGCUCUCCCGAAGAAAAAGGUUGGCUGUGUAAAAUCAAACUUUCUGCUCCCGAGGAAAUCAAUGCACUGCUCACGCUCGAGCGCUACAAAGCGACUUGGGAAGCGUAAAUCAUAAUACUGAAGGAGUGACUAUCUACCUUCUAUUUGGUCUGCCUGCAGGAGACUAAGUUUGACCAACAAUACAAGACCUGGCCUCAACUGCCAUACCUUUGUUAUUACUUAUAUUAUCAUAGAU